AGGGGAGUUCCGUAAGAGAGCGAGCCGGCGCGUAAUGAGAAAAGCUCGCACAUCUUCCCAGUAGCCCAUAGGCCUACCAAGAGAUAGCCCAAUGAGGGUGGCAGCAAACAGAAGCUCUUGUCCGACGGAUACUUACACUAGCCCACUCUGAGCGUAAGCUCACGGAAUCUGCAGCCGGGAUGGCUGGUGGUCGAAGAGGUCUCGUGGCCCCACAGAAUACUUUUCUAGAAAAUAUUGUUAGGCGAUCAAACGACACAAAUUUUGUACUGGGCAAUGCUCAGAUUGUGGACUGGCCGAUCGUGUACAGUAAUGAUGGAUUUUGCAAACUAUCUGGUUAUCAUCGUGCUGAGGUUAUGCAGAAGAGCAGCACCUGCAGCUUCAUGUAUGGAGAGCUCACAGAUAAAGACACAUGUGAGAAAGUUCGACAGACAUUUGAGAGCUAUGAAAUUAACUCCUUUGAAAUUCUUAUGUACAAGAAGAACAGGAUGCCAGUGUGGUUCUUUGUGAAGAUUGCACCGAUUCGGAAUGAACAAGACAAAGUGGUGCUGUUUCUAUGUACUUUCAAUGACAUUACAGCCUUCAAGCAACCUAUUGAAGAUGAUUCAUCAAAAGGUUGGGGGAAGUUUGCUCGUCUGACGCGAGCGUUGACAAGCAGCCGUGGGGUCAUCCAGCAGCUGGCUCCCACUGUCCAUAAAGGCGAGAAUGUCCAUAAGCACUCCCGUCUGGCAGAGGUGUUGCAGCUGGGCUCUGAUAUUCUUCCCCAGUAUAAGCAAGAGACUCCCAAGACCCCCCCUCACAUCAUCCUGCACUACUGUGCCUUCAAGACCACGUGGGACUGGGUCAUCCUCAUCCUCACCUUCUACACGGCCAUCAUGGUGCCCUACAACGUCUCCUUCAAGACCAAGCAGAACAACGUCACCUGGCUGGUGGUGGACAGUAUAGUGGACGUCAUCUUCCUGGUGGACAUCGUGCUGAACUUCCACACAACGUUUGUGGGACCAGGAGGGGAGGUGAUCUCUGACCCCAAGCUCAUCCGCAUGAACUAUGUGAAGACCUGGUUUGUCAUUGACCUGCUGUCCUGUUUACCUUACGAUGUCAUCAAUGCCUUUGAGAAUGUAGACGAGGGCAUCAGCAGUCUCUUCAGCUCGCUGAAGGUGGUGCGCUUGCUGCGUCUGGGCCGCGUGGCCCGUAAGCUGGACCACUACAUCGAGUACGGCGCGGCCGUGCUGGUGCUGCUGGUCUGUGUGUUCGGCCUGGCCUCCCAUUGGCUGGCCUGCAUCUGGUACAGCAUCGGAGACUACGAGGUCAUCGACGAGGACGCCAACGUGGUGCGCACGGACAGCUGGUUGUACCUGCUGAGCGAGACGAUGGGCACGCCGUACCGCUUCAAUGCCACGGGCACCGGGAGGUGGGAGGGCGGGCCCAGCAAGGACUCGGUGUACAUCACCUCCCUCUACUUCACCAUGACCAGCCUCACCAGCAUCGGCUUUGGGAACAUCGCCCCUACAACAGACGGGGAGAAGACCUUUGCUGUAGCCAUGAUGAUGAUUGGAUCCCUUCUGUAUGCCACCAUCUUUGGUAACGUCACCACCAUCUUCCAGCAGAUGUACGCCAACACCAACAGAUACCACGAGAUGCUCAACAGUGUGCGCGACUUCCUGAAGCUCUACCAGGUCCCUAAGGGCCUGAGUGAGAGAGUGAUGGACUACAUCGUGUCCACCUGGUCCAUGUCCAGGGGCAUUGAUACUGAUAAGGUGCUGCAGAUCUGUCCCAAGGACAUGCGUGCAGACAUCUGUGUUCACUUGAACCGGAAGGUUUUUAAAGAGCACCCGGCCUUCCGACUGGCCAGUGAUGGAUGUCUCCGUGCUCUGGCCAUGGAGUUCCAGACGGUCCACAGUGCCCCUGGUGACCUGAUCUUCCACGCAGGCGAGAGUGUGGACAGCCUCUGCUUUGUGGUGUCGGGGUCACUAGAGGUCAUCCAAGAUGAUGAGGUCGUUGCCAUCUUGGGAAAAGGGGAUGUGUUUGGGGAUGUGUUUUGGAAGGAGCUGAAUCUGGCCCAGUCCUGUGCCAAUGUCCGUGCGCUCACCUACUGUGACCUCCACAUCAUAAAGCGCGACGCGCUGCAGAAGGUCCUGGAGUUCUACACAUCUUUUUCAAACCACUUUGCACGCAAUCUACAUCUGACAUACAACCUAAGGAAGAGGAUUGUUUUCCGUAAAAUCAGCGACGUGAAGCGUGAGGAAGAGGAGCGACUGAGGAGAAAGGACGAGGCCCCGCUGAACCUCCCCCCGGACCACCCCGUGCGGCGUCUGUUCCGGCGUUUCCGGGAGCAGCGGGAGGCGCGUCUGGCGGCGGAGCGGGCGAGGCUGGCCCUUCUGGAGGGGAAGGACAUCGAGAAGGGCUCCGUCCACGCCGAGCACGCCACGCUGGUCUGUGAGCUCCGUCCAGCCACGAGCAUCGUCACGGUCACCGAGAGUCCCUCGGCUCCUGUUACAUCAGCCUCCUCCUCCUCCUCCUCCUCCGCCGCCAAGCUCGCCGGACGUGCCAAGCUCGACGCCCCCUACGGCACGCCAGAUGGCACAAAAACAGCGGAGCUGCCAAAGGGCCGUGGGUGGGGCCGCUUUAAGGAGGCGCCAGGUAAGCGCGACCACACCCACCACGCCUGGGUGACGGUCGCCAAGGCCGAGUCCAUGGAGACGCUGCCAGACCGGACAAAGUCGCACGACGAGGUCAUCUUGCUGAAGAAGACGGACUCGUGCGACAGCGGCAUCACCAAGAGUGACCUCCGGCUGGACAGUCCGGUGCAGGCGGCGCCGGGCGGGGUGGUGGUGGCGGCGGGGGGGGAGGGGGAGGGCAGGCGGGUGUUCCAGAUGAGCGCGGAGCAGCUGGACGUGCAGGGCGCGCUGCUGGAGCUGCGGCAGGAGCUGCGGGGGGAGAUGCGGGCGCUCAGCGGGCGCAUCACGGCCCUGGAGGCACAGCUGGCCGAGAUGCUGCGGCUCCUGCGGCGCAAGAGCAGGUCGGCGUCCACCGCCGCGCACCACGAGCCCUCGCAAGGCUCCGCCGACGACGACGACACGCUCUCGUGAGUCCGGAGGACGGACCUCUACUCAGGACUCCCCUGCACAGCCAGGGAGGGCCAGUGUGCUGGACGAGACCCAUGAGUGGCCAGUCAAGUGACCAGUCAAGUGUCCAGUCAAGUGCUCAUGUGAGAGUCUUGAUGUUCACUUUGUGAUUCACCGUGAUGUCUUGAUCUUCAGUGGUCAUAACCUGCAAAAGCAUCCGUGUGUGCGUGUGUGGCUGUGUGAGUCUGUGUGUGUGUGUGUGUGU